CUCUUCUACGCUCUGCCCUUCGAGGGCCUUCAGCCGGCCUCCAGCCCGAUAUGGUCGGCAGAUGAGACGACCUUCCGUCUGGACAAUCUGCAGUCGGAUGUGAAAUAUCGCAUCUGUCUCAGCCUGAAGCGCAAGAGUCUGCCAGUCGGUGAUUCACGUCUUUACCGUUUGCCCACUUCGGCCUCCACCGCAGCCACCGCCGCCGCCGCUGCUGCUGCUGUCUCUCCUCUUAAGGGUGUUAUUGUGGAUGGCACCACCGAGUCUGGCAGAGUUGAUGUGGUGGCAAAUGCCCCGCUUCAGUGGCCCAUGCAGCGGUCCGCGAAACAUCACACUCUUGACGACUAUGCUAAACCGGGUAAGUCGAUACUCUUUCUUGCCAUCCGAGAUUUAUCGUGUUGA